ACAGUCAACUUUGACCACUUCCAAAUCUUGAGGGCCAUUGGAAAAGGGAGUUUUGGAAAGGUCUGCAUAGUUCAGAAGAAGGACACUAAGAAGAUGUACGCCAUGAAGUACAUGAACAAGCUUAAAUGUGUGGAACGAAAUGAAGUUAGAAAUGUCCUGAAAGAGCUGCAGAUAAUGCAGAAUCUCGAGCAUCCCUUCUUGGUGAAUUUCUGGUAUUCUUUCCAAGAUGAAGAAGACAUGUUUAUGGUAGUAGACCUGCUACUGGGGGGAGACUUACGAUAUCACCUCCAGCAGAACGUGCACUUUGCUGAGAGCACAGUGAAGCUGUAUGUCUGUGAGUUGGCCCUGGCUUUGGGAUACCUCCGCAGUAAGCACAUCAUACACAGAGACAUCAAACCUGACAACAUACUACUGGAUGAGCACGGACACGUCCAUCUAACAGACUUCAACAUUGCGGCUAUUGUGAAAGAAGAUCUUAAGGCAACAUCAAUCGCUGGAACCAAGCCAUACAUGGCUCCAGAGCUUUUUCAGAGCUUCGAAGGAUCCCACCCCGGGUAUUCCUUCUCUGUGGACUGGUGGUCACUGGGGAUUACAGCCUAUGAACUACUGAGGGGACAGAGACCAUAUGUGAUGAGAUCCAACACACCAUCUAAUGAGAUUCUUCAAAUGUUCCACAAGGUCCACCCCACAUACCCAGCAGCCUGGUCUGUGGAAAUGAAGUCCCUCCUCAGAAAGUUGCUAUGCAUGGAUGUCCAGAAGCGCGUAUCCUGUUUUGCAGAGCUCCAAGAUCUGGACUACAUGUCAGACGUCAACUGGGAUGCAGUCCUCAGCAAACAGCUUGCUCCAGGCUUUAUUCCUAAUAGGCGGAGACUAAAUUGUGACCCUACCUUUGAGCUGGAAGAAAUGAUCCUGGAGUCCAAGCCACUUCAUAAGAAGAAGAAAAGACUAGCAAGAAAGACCAGGGAACACGGAUCUGAUGGUUCCCCACAGAAUGGGCAGCUCCAGCAGCGGUUGGACAAUGUCCAGAGAGACUUCAUUGUCUUCAACAGAGAAAAGUCAAAGAAGGCUGUGGUGGAAUCUUCUGAACUCUCCACAAGCGAGAAGAACAAGGCAAUAGAGGAUGGACAGAAUAACAAUGUUGAACCAGCUGCCUAUUUAUCAGGAUAGGCUUCUUACUCUCAGAUACCCACCUCAUCACUUGCACUUGCCUCUAGCCUGCAGCUGAGCAAUCUACAAGCAAAACCUGUUGUUCUGUCAGCACAUGCGCUCACAUCUGGUCAUCUAUGUUCCUGCACCCCAGAGCAGUCUGUGAAAAUGACAGUCUCGAAAACAGCACUGUGCACAUUUGUUUUUCACAAUGCAAAAAGCAGCAAGACAUCAAAAGCCGAUGAAGUAAGAUGGUUUGCCUGAUUGGCAGCCAUAUCAGAGGCAAGCUAAUAGACAUGUUUGCGGUCACCAAACAGAUAAGCAGACUGUCUCUCAUAUCAGGCUCCCAUUCAUCACUCAGGUGUUUCUAAAAGAAAAAAACAAACAAAAACAAGACAACAGGGCACCUCCACCAGAAUGUAAUGGAAAAAGGUUUUAUUAAAACAAAUUUUCUAGGUGAUUAUAAUCAUUUAAAUAAAAUGUUGGGUCUUCUUACCACAUGAUGGGGCCGCACUUUGACAAAGCGCAGAGGUUAUUGUUACGGAAGAUAGACGUUUCUCUCUGAAAUUUUUCCUAAUCCUAUAUGGUACUUUCCUGAACUUUCUGUCUUCUUGCUUUAGUUUUCUUAGAAAGAAACUAGUACGUUCCCUGGUAAUUUCACAGAAUAUUUUUGGUACUUUUGCCAGAUAUAACUCUGCACUUUCUGGAAAUUACUGGGUAAUGUUCUCAGACUUAAACUCUUUGGAAGUUACCUAGAAAAUACUUUGCAAAGCGAAAUUUACGUUAGCGGAAAGUACAUACUAAGUUCAGGAGAGUAACCUGUCAUUUCUAGGAAAUACCUGAUAAGUUCUGGAAAGAAUCUGGUAAAUUCCAGGAAAGAAAUUUGUUGUUUUUAGGAAAGAAAGUGGUUAGUUUUGGGGAGUAAUCUGUCUCUUCCAGAGAGUAUCCUUCAAGCUUUGUGAAAACAGCAGCUGUAUUAUGCAGCAUGGACAAUUUAGAGUAGUUAUCCAAUCCUCCUGAGUUUGAAGCCUAUAAAAAACUAUUGAGUAGGAACAUUUUCCUCUGUGAUUGGUACUGUGUGACAGUGGAUACAAGCAUGCCAGAAGUAGCAUAUUUUAAACUGCUAGGCUUAAUAGACAAAACAAGUUGUUUUAAUGAUAAAAUUCUGUCCUGAACAGAAGUAUAGCUUAAAAAUGAAUGGCUUGCUAUUUCAGGGCAGUAGGAAUGGAGUAGGGUUCCUAAUGCUUAGCUCGGCUAAUUAAGCAGUUAUAGCGUUUUAGCACGUAGCAUCAUGCAGCAUAUUAAAUGAUAAGAGAAAGAUGCAAAACCUGAAAGUUUCUUGAUUUGCUCAGAUUUUUUAAAACUUAUUUCUAUUUAAAAAUCAGUUUACGGUCUAUUCUAAAAUGAUGAUGUUUAAUGAAAAUGUUGAUACAUUAAGGCUACGGAACCGGGACAGUAAAUGCUGUGAUUUUGGGUAGACUUUAGCAUUAGUCUGUAAGAAAGAGAGAACAAUUUGGCUUUUUUCGGCACUAGAUCUCACUUUGCACAUACGUUUCCGUUAAUGGUAGCAUUUAUGCACAAAUGAAGCAACAACCAAGAUAUUAGUGUGAAUAAAUGAUUCCCCCCUUAGAGGUGGACGUUCAUUUAAUUUGAUUGUACUGUAUCAGUCAAUGUCUGCACUCUCUGCCAGAUGUGUGUUGAUGUUGUUUCUCUUUUGAGUUAUUUUCAACCAUUCAUGUACUAUUAUAUGAUGUUCCAUAUUAUAUUUUGUUUUAUUUUUUUUUUUUUAUCUGUCUCUGCAAACUAUUUGUACGAUAUCAACGAUAAUGCAGGAUUCUGCUUCUGGCACAUGUGUAAGGCAAAAUAACAAUCUAUAGUUACGUUAGAGUAUUUCCCAUCACAGAUCCCCCAAAAAGUAGCCUAUUUACGCGCUGGUACUUGCAGAGGGGAUGCCUGAUAGAUCACAUUAAGCUAAUUUCUGUAUGUAAACUAGUGAAAUCUUCAUCUUCUUUUAAGCUAAUAGAUGAUGAAUUAUGCCUCAUUCCUCCACUGACCCUGCUCUUAUCUAGCUGAUGCAUUAAUUAAUCCUUUCCUGGUUAUUAACUGUAAGGACAUUGAAAUAUAUUAGUUUUUUUAAGUUCAUUAAUACUAAUUCGUCUCUAAUUAAGACUGUUCUUGUUGCUGUUGUAACCUUACAGAUCCAAAGUUGGUACGUUGUUUGGUUGUGGGAAUCACUUUGGGUAGUUAAAUGACUGGUCGGAGCUUGAUUUAUCCAGUGUAAAUAAUACUUGGGAAUAAAUUCCAUGUAUGACUAUAGAAUAAGAAGAGUAAGGAAAGUUAUAUGGAGCCUAUUUAACCGAUAUAAGUUCAAUCUGACAUUGAAUUGUUUGAAAAAUCACUAAUGAAUAGGAUUUAGACCAGGCAAUUUCAUUGAAUAAGGAAAAAUAUUAAGCAAAAAUAUAAUUCUAAUCUUUUAUUUUGAGACCAGAAUUGUACUGCAACUGUGAAUUUCACCCAUGUUUUUCUGUCCUUCAGUUGUCACUCUGUAUUUACUGUGAGCAAUCGUGAUGAAACUUAAACUUUUAAUGUGUGCCUUAAAUAAUAUAAUUCAUUUUUGGAAACAGUA